AGGUUAAAGGUUUUACUGGUUACAAAUACAACCUGCGUUUUGGAGGUAACUGAAGAGAAAAAGUUAGGUACAAAACAAUGAACCUGAACAGAAUCCUUGCUUUGUUAAAAACAGCUAAGCUCGGAAGGACAUUACUGUCAACCCGAGCCGGUAAAGAGCUGAGCUUUCAGCCUCCUCACCGCUGCAUCCAGUCGAGCUCAAGGAGUUUAGCCUACGCCAAAGAUCUGUUCCUAGGGAAAGUGAACAAGAAUGAAGUCUUUCCUUAUCCAGAAAUCAGUAAUGAAGAAUUAGAAGAGAUCAAACAGUUUGUCGCGCCAGUGGAAAAGUUUUUCAGCGAGGAAGUUGAUUCUAAGAAGAUUGAUGAGGAGGCGAAAAUCCCACCUGAAACCUUAGAUGGACUGAAAGCACUGGGGCUCUUUGGAAUCCAGGUGCCUGAGGAAUAUGGCGGCCUCGGUCUCUCCAAUACCAUGUACGCCCGGUUGGGAGAGAUCACAUCCCUUGAUGGAGCCAUUGCUGUCACACUUGCAGCACAUCAGGCCAUUGGCUUAAAGGGAAUCCUGAUGGCUGGAACUGAGGAGCAAAAAGCCAAAUACUUGCCCCAACUGGCUUCAGGAGAGCAUAUCGCAGCGUUCUGUCUGACUGAGCCAGGCAGCGGAAGUGAUGCUGCCUCCAUUCAGACUCGUGCUACGCUGACAGAAGAUGGGAAACAUUUCCUGCUUAAUGGCUCAAAGAUCUGGAUUUCCAAUGGUGGGAUGGCAGAGAUCAUGACAGUGUUUGCAAGAACAGAGGUGUUAGACAAGGAUGGGCAAAAGAAAGACAAGAUAACAGCCUUCAUUGUGGAGAAAGCAUUUGGUGGGGUGACCAGUGGCAAGCCGGAGGACAAGCUGGGAAUCAGAGGCUCUAACACAUGUGAGGUGACCUUUGAAAAUACGAAAGUGCCCAUAGGGAAUGUGAUUGGUGAAGUUGGUGAUGGAUUUAAGAUUGCUAUGAACAUUCUGAAUAGUGGGAGGUUCAGCAUGGGAAGUGCAUGUGCAGGAAUGAUCAAGAAGCUGAUUGAGAUGACAGCCGAAUAUGCAGGCACACGGAAACAGUUCACCAAGAAACUUGCUGAUUUUGGGAUGAUUCAGGAGAAGUUUGCCAUCAUGGCCCAGAAUGUGUUUGUGAUGGAGAGCAUGGCAUAUCUGACUGCUGGGUUGAUGGACCGGCCUGGAGUCCCUGACUGCUCUGUAGAGGCGGCCAUGGUGAAGGUGUUCAGCUCUGAGGGUGGUUGGGUGUGUGUGAGUGAGGCAUUGCAAGUUUUGGGCGGGAUUGGAUAUACCAAGAACUACCCUUUUGAGCGCUACCUCAGGGACUGUCGAAUCCUGCAGAUCUUCGAGGGAACCAAUGAGAUCUUAAGGAUGUACAUUGCUCUCACAGGAAUGCAGUAUGCAGGCAAAAUCCUAACAGGAAAAAUCAAGGAGAUGAAAAAAGGGAAUGUUGGUGUGGUAUUUGAGAUUUUGGGGAAGAAGCUGAAGGACUCUCUGGGGAGGACCGUCGACUUUGGCCUGACUGGCAAGGACGGCAUGGUGCACCCCAGUUUAACGGAGAGUGCUAAGAUGCUCGAGCAGAACGUGGCCUUGUUCGGCUCCACUGUAGAAAGCCUCCUCUACAGAUAUGGAAAGACUAUAGUGGAUGAGCAACUAGUGCUGAAAAGAGUGGCCGAUACACUGAUUAACCUGUAUGCGAUGACGGCAGUGCUGUCCCGCGCCAGCCGCUCCAUCAGCAUCGGCAUUCGCAACCACCAACACGAGGUGCUGCUCGCCAACACCUUCUGCAAGGACGCUUACUUCAAAAACAACUACUGGAUGAUUCAGCUGCAAAAAAAUUCCCCAGAGAACAAUGACGACAACAUUAAGAAGAUUGCCCAGGAAGUCCUGGAGAAUCGGGCCUAUAUCUGCUCCCACCCUCUCGAAAGAACAUACUGAUGUGUAGUGCUUAUGUCAGUAGAUGUAACUGUGCUGCAUUCUGAUUGGAUGUUGGAGACUUUGUGGAUAAUAGGUUUAGGUCAUCCCCCACCCCCCACACCCCAUACUUCACUCCUUUAUUACUAACGUUUAACGGUAUAUGCAGUGUACCACCUUGAUCUUAUCAAUAAUGUAAUGUAAUGUAGUGUAAAUACUGAUUUCCAUAUUUUACAAUACAUAACACUGUUAUUACAUGA